GGCGAGAGGGCAGAGGUUGGGCUGAGGAGGAACUUCCUAAUAAGGCGAAGAGACGCUGGCUGGGGGGCCGGGGCUGUCUUUUGAGAAAUGGGACCAACCCAUCGGGAGAGUGGGGACCCUGAGGGCUGGGGUUACAGACGGCCUCCUGUUUGGGUCUCAGAAGUGUGGGUCCUGCUGACCCAGAUACCAUGACUAGUUUCCAUGGAGACGGUGGGUCUGACAUCACCCUGGUUGCCAUGGUGCCUGGUUCUGGAGGACCAGAGUAGGCUGUACAUGGCCAGAGAUAAACAGGGACUUCAGCCUGAGCUGCUGCCACUUCCUUCCUGCCACCACCUGUUAACAGCCAGGCAACCACUGGGGAUGGGGCGAGGGUGGCCAGAGGGCUCUGGGGAGGUCUCUGGGGAGGUCCUGUUGGGUGUGCUAUAGGGAGGCCCUGCAGUCAUUCUCUCCUCUCCUUGUGGAAUGGCUGCUGGUGUCCGGGAGGCAGGUGCAUUGGGGAAGACACCGUGAGGGCUCUGUCCCAGCUGUGGAUCUGGAAAGGCCAAGGUUAUUAGGGCCCUGUGCAGGACUUGCACCAGGUCAAACAGAACGAGGCCGUGGAGGGGGUCCCCAAGAACUGCCUCUUCCCAAGCCUCACUUCCCUUCCUGGGGUUUGCUUACAGAGUCCUUUCCACUUGCUACCCUUUUGGCACCAUAGGAAACAGUCCCUUAUCAUUUGAAGGACCACAGUCCAAGGCUGAGGGGGUCAGCUCAUCUGUCCCUCCUGCCUUGUGCCAGGUCCCAGCUGAGGGGACAGUCCUGGCCUUGACUGACAGGACAGGUCUCCCUCUUCCUACCUUGCUUUGUGCCAGGCUCUGGAAGCUAGAGUGACUUCACACUGCUGUCCUGCCAAGUCAGAGAUCCUGCCAGGUCAGAGUGGAUUAGCAAGGGGCAGGACGACAGCUCUGUUGUCUGUGGUUUUGCAAACUUUAAAGUUUAUAACUGAUAGCUGCCAUUAAAGCCUUUCCCACUGGGCUUCAAGUUCCCUGAGAUGAAACUCUGCAGAUCAUAAAGAAAGGAAACAGAUUUUAGAACGGAGAGUCUGCAUGACAAGGAGAUUUAUUGAGGGUACAGCGAAUGGAUCUAAGCUCUGCCAGCUGUUCUCAGGCCUGGCUGCACAUGAGGACUGCCUGGGAGGUUUUAAAAAAGACCCAGGCCUGAGUCUGACCCUGAAACCAGUCGAAUCAGAAUCUUAGGUGAUUCCAGUGUGCAGCCAGUGUUGAGAAUCCUGAACCAGGGCUGACAGUGUGUGGGAGGGUGGGUGGACACUCUAGUCUGAAGCAGGCCACCGGGUCCUAUCUUCUGAGCCCUGGCAUAGGAGGUGGUGACUUUGGGAGAGUCUGGGUGAUUCUCACUCUUCUCAUCAGCUGUUCAUGCUUGGCACAGUCAAGUUAGCCAGCCUAUAUGGCCUUUGUGUUCUCUGACUCUAACCUGAGGGGGCUGGCCUGCAUGGCCCCCAGAACCUGUCCAGCCCUGGGCUUUGACCUUUCAAGGUCAGUCCAGAGUCCCCAGGCCCCGCUGGUCCCCAGAGAGGUAAACUUCUCUGUGACUGUUGGCGGGUUUUGAUUUGCUGAGAAGAGGUGGGGUGUUAGGGUUUGAGGGUUGGUUCUGGAAGCUGCAGCCCAGCCUUGGGGACCCAAACAAGGCUGCUCUCUGCAUCCUGCCUUUGCUGAAGGAAACCGGGUUGUUUUUUUUUUUUUUAAGAUGUUAUUUAUUUAUUCAUGAUAGUCACAGAGAGAGAGAGAGAGAGAGGCAGAGACACAGGCAGAGGGAGAAGCAGGCUCCAUGCAGGGAGCCCGACGUGGGAUUCGAUCCUGGGUCUCCAGGAUCGUGCCCCGGGCCAAAGGCAGAGCCUGCCCGUGGAGACCCUGGGCCCAGAGUCCACGACGGGCCUGGAGUCCAUGAUGGACCCAGAAUCGGACAGAGCGUCCCAGGCCCUUGGGAGCCCCUCCAGGGCAGCUGCGGAGGAGUUAGCUGGGGCUGAGGAUGGAGGAGAGACCCUCUUGCAGAGCGAAGGCUCCCAGUCUGGUCCCAUUCUGCCAGAGAAGACUGAGGCCGAGGCUGUCCUGGAAGACGAUGGCUGCACCAGGGAGCCCUCUGGCCUGGGAGACACGCUGGUGCAGGGAGACGCAGAGGAGACCCCUGUGGUGGCAGGCCUGGGACCAGACACAGAGGACCUGGAGGGUCAAAGCCCCCCACAGAGCCAGCCUUCAUCUCCUGAUGCAUCUUGGCCCAUGGAGGAGGCCGGCUGCUCCAGCAGUGAGGAUGACACCGAUGUGGACGUGGAGGGUCUGCGGAGACGGCGGGGCCUAGAGCCUAGUGCUCCCCAGCCUGUGAGGCCCCUGGGUCUCGAUGGCCUGGCCAGAGGCGGGGGUGCAGGCGGGGAGCUGAGCAUCUCCGUCAACAUGUGCCUUCUUGGGGCCCUGGUUCUGCUGGGCCUGGGGAUCCUCCUCUUCUCCAGUGGGCUCUCAGAGUCGGACAGUGGGCCCACUGAGGAAUUGCGGGUCCUCCCGGAUUCCCAGCUGGACACCGAGGUGCGGGUUGCUGUGGGGGACAGGCAGGAUGAGCUGAGGCAGCAUCUGCAGGCUGCUGCACCCUCUGCUGGCGUCCCCAGCCUGCAGAACAUGGCCCUCUUGUUGGACAGGCUGGCCAAGGAGAACCAGGAUAUCCGGUUGCUACAGGCCCAACUGCAGGCCCAGAAGGAAGAGCUGCAGAGCCUGAUGCAGCAGCCCAGGGCCCUAGAAGAGGAGAAUGCCCGCCUCCGGGGGGCUCUGCAGGACGGCGAGGCCUCCCAGCGUGCCCUUGAGUCAGAGCUGCAGCGGCUUCGGGCCCGGCUUCAAGGGCUGGAGGCUCACUGCACCCGGGGUCCAGAUGGCGUGUGCCUUGAUGGGGAUAGAGGCUCCCGGGGCAAUGGGCUCACUGGGGAGCCGAGCCCUGACCUCCUGGAGCAGAAGGAGCGGCUGGAGGCCGAGGCCCAGGCCUUACGGCAGGAGCUGGAGAAGCAGCGCCAGCUGCUGGGGUCGGUGCAGCAGGACCUGGAGCGGAGCUUGAGGGGUGUGGGCCGAGGGGACUCCACUCGUGCCAGCCUGACUGAGCUGGGCCACAGGCUGGUCCAGAAGCUACAGAGCAUGGAGAAAUGGAAUCAACACCCUUGGGUCAGUGCCAACACCUCAGAGGCCAGGCCCCAGGAGUCCCACUUCCAGAGUGCCAGGGAGUGGAGUGGGAAGGAGAAGUGGCAGGAUGGGCAGGGGGGCUGGAGUGCUGAUCACUGGAAGCAGAAGAAGGAGGGGUCUGGCCGGGAGAGAAAGAAGAGCUGGCGGGGUGAGGAGGACAGGGAGCUGGCAGGGAGGUGGAAGGAGGGCAGGCUGAGGCUGGCGGGCUGGGGCGGCAAGAAGGACGGCAAGAAGGACGGCAGGCAGCAGGGCCCCAAGGAGCCCCCUAGGAAAAGUGGGGGCCCUCACUCCUCUGUGGGGAAGCAGAAGCACCCUCAGUGGAAGGAAGGGGCUGAUGACGGGCAUGACCUUCCGCCACUGUGGGCAGAGCUGUCGCGGCACAAGUACCGGGCACCCCAGGGCUGCUCGGGUGUGCGCGAGUGUGCCCGGCAGGAGGGUUUGGCCUUUGGUGUGGAGCUGGCCCCCGUGCAGCGACAGGAGCUGGCCUCUUUGCUAAGGACUUACCUGGCACGGCUGCCCUGGGCUGGGCAGCUGACAAAGGACUUGCCCCUCUCGCCUGCUUACUUUGGCGAGGAUGGCAUCUUCCGCCAUGACCGUCUCCGCUUCCGGGACUUCGUGGAUGCCUUGGAGGACAGCCUGGAAGAAGUGGCUGUGAGACAGACUGGUGAUGAUGAUGAGGUGGAUGAUUUUGAGGGCUUCAUCUUCAGCCACUUCUUUGGAGACAAAUCACUGAAGAAGAGGUCAGGAAAGAAGGACAGACAGUUGCAGAGCCCAGGGAGGGGCUGAGGCCUGGUGUCCCCUCACCCCGGAAACCACUGAAUGGUCCUCUCCUCUGGCUCCUAUGAGAGCAGAAUCUCUCAGUGAUGCACUGAUGCCGCUUUUGCUAGAGAAAAGCCUUAGCUGGAUCUGCCUUGCUGGUUACUGCAUGCAGGCUCUGAUCCUGUCCUUGCGGGCGGGAAUUGUGAUUCUUCAGCCUCACAGCUUCCGUCCUCCUGUGUGUGUGCCCCACAGUGCCCCCCGGUUUCAUGCACUGACCCAUGCCCCCUGGAAUGAGCCUAGACCUGCUGGCUGGAUGCCCAGCACCAUUGCUUUCCCAGGGGUUUUCUUAGAUUUGGACACAGCCACCCCCCAGGGGUGAAGUCCCCCUUUUACCCCUGCUUCUCCCAGGGCCCCCCUCCCUGUGUGAAUAGUAGGCUCCCACCCCUGUAAGAAGCUGUUGGAGUUUUGGUGUGGGGCGUGGGCUCUCUCACGGGGGGGGGGGGGAGCUGUAUCAAAGCAUGGGACCCCCAUACCCUCUUUGUCCUCCACAUCCCUCUCCCAGCCACCCUUGGGCCCUUGGGGCUGGAACUCCCCACUUGCUGGCGGCCACCUUGGAGCCCCUGGGAGAAGUAGAAAACGAACACGGGUUUUGGAGUGGGAGCCUUGGGCUCGCGGCAGGCCGAGUGAUGUUGGGCAGAUUAAUCCCUGGGAACUUUAGGUUUCUGAUCCUCAAAAUGGGGGAUUGGACGGCUGGGAAGAGCUGAAAUAAAGCACAGCGAGCACAA